AUGACACGCGUAUAAGCAAAUGUUCGACAAAUCUACGUUUCUAUUGGUCAGUUGGAAUUCUAUCAAUAAAUUAACUAGUACGAUGUAAGAUCUGGAAGCGCGACUAGUAUUCGAUCUGUUAUGAAUAGAAGAAAAAAAAACUUGAAUUGUCAUAGAGAGAGAGAGAGAGAGUUUCGUUAAAACAUGAAAAUUGCGAAAGUAACAUUGAUGGUUAACUGAUGUGGGAUGAGUUAAAAAGAUGGCGAGCUGUCAUCAGUAGGCAUAUUUUUUGUCUAACAGAAGGAACGUCACAAAUGCUUCGUAAAAAGUAUCAGUCGUUUAAAAGACUGAAAAAUGGAACUCUUUCGCACUGACACACAUUUUAUUUUCGUUAAGGAAAGGCACAGUUUGUGGUGCGACAAAAUUACGGGCCAAUUUUCUGCUAAAUCUGAUUGGGAAUGGGCAUCUCCAAAAGAUUUAGAAUGUCUUGGAAUGUUUUAUGGAAUAGUAGGAAAAAUAGAGCAGCCAUCAGUAUUAGAACCACGCUUGAUGCUUAUAAAAGAAGUUUCAGAAGCCGGAGAAUUAUAUGGAGGUCAUAUAGUACACAGAAUUAAAUCAAUCGCUUUCUUGCAUAUUGGGACAGAUAACACGGAGAUAGGAUUACUUCCAUGUAAGAAACAUCAACAUUUACCAAAGAAAAAGGGAGUUAGCGGGUUAUUUGAUGUGCCACAGAAAGCUGCAUUCGCUAAAACAUGGGGCACUAUUAAAAGUGCCACAAAUACUAUUAAAAAUACUACUCAGCAAGCUGCCGCUCUUGCAACAUCGCAGGUCAAGUCUACGGUGAACAAACGAAGCGGAGUUAAAGAUAAAGAAAAAUUUGAAAAAAGAAUCUUAGAAGAAUUAAAUAAAAUAUUUACAGAGACCGAUUCUUUUUUUUAUUGUGAAACUGGAGAUAUUACUAAUAGUCUUCAACGAUUAUGCGUAGCUGAAGCAGAAGAAACUAAAAACAAUCAAUGUAGACCUUUGUGGCAACGAGUAGAUGAUAGAUUUUUUUGGAAUAAACAUAUGUUACAAGAUAUAAUUAAUUUAAAAACAGACAAAGCAGACUGCUGGAUAUUACCAGUUAUUCAAGGAUAUAUUCAAAUAGAAAAAUGUAAAGUUGAAGUAGGCUUCUAUGAUCAACCGCAGCAUGAAAUAUUUAAUUUAGCUAUUAUAUCAAGGAGGAGUAGAUUCCGUGCUGGCACUAGGUAUAAGAGACGUGGUGUUGACGAGGAAGGUAAAUGUGCCAAUUACGUUGAAACCGAGCAAUUGGUUUGGUACCACGAUCAUCAGGUAUCAUUUGUACAAGUUCGAGGUAGUGUACCAGUUUAUUGGUCUCAACCUGGAUAUAAAUAUAAACCACCACCACGAAUAGAUAAAGAUGAAGCAGAAACACAAGUUACAUUUGAAAAACAUUUUGGUGAAGAACUUGAUUUAUAUGGUCCAAUAUGUAUUGUUAAUUUAGUUGAACAAACUGGUAAAGAGAAGAUUAUUUGGGAGGCUUAUAGCAAUCAUGUUCUUAAGUACAAUCAUCCUGAUAUUACGUAUACAAGUUUUGAUUUUCACGAAUAUUGCCGUGGUAUGCAUUUUGAAAAUGUUUCUAUCCUGAUUAAUGCACUUGAUACAGUAUUAACAAAUAUGAGUUAUUGUUGGCGUGAUAAAGAAGGUACAAUAUGCAUGCAGAAAGGAAUAUUUCGUGUAAACUGCAUCGAUUGUUUAGAUAGAACUAAUGUCGUGCAAACAGCUAUUGGCAAAGCUGUAAUGGAAAUGCAAUUUUCAAAACUUGGCUUGAUACCACCUGAUGGAACUUUACCUACAAACAUUAGACAAACAUUCCAAUUACUUUGGGCAAAUAAUGGUGACAUUAUUAGUAAACAGUAUGCUGGGACAAAUGCUUUAAAGGGAGAUUAUACGAGAACGGGAGAAAGAAAAUUCACUGGAUUAAUGAAAGAUGGCAUGAAUUCUGCUAAUAGAUAUUUUCAACAACACUUUAUGGACGACUUACGCCAGGCAGCGAUAGACACUUUGCUAGGAAAUAUAAUCAACGUUGAUCAACUGAAUUACGAUUGGUCACAUUAUUUAGACAUCCUUGAUAACUGCUGCCUUGAACUUAUUCCUACGAAACCACCAAAUAUAGAGCUUCAACUUGCUACACAUCCUGAAUUUCUUUAUGCCACUGCUAUGUAUAAUUUAGCAAGAUAUUAUCUUAAUCGCUUCAAAGAUGUCUAUAGGCAAGCUACAAUUGAUAUGAUGUUAGGAAAUGCAAUAAGCGAAGAAGUAUUUCAAGAACGUACAGAAGAAGAAGAUAAUGCUGCUACAGCAGUUCAUGUUAAAUUAUUAAUUGAGGAUUGUAAAAAAUUAUUGAUACCUGAUCCUGAAGUUAUUCUUGGGAGUUGGGGACUUAUUGACGCUGAUCCUAUAACUGGGGAUCCUACUGAAACCGAAAUGGAUACUAUUCUUAUAUUAACUCGAGAUAGUUAUUAUGUAGCAGAUUAUGACGACCAAAUUGAUAAAGUUACAAACUACCAAAGAGUUCCACUUUCUGAUGUAAUCCUUAUUGAAUUUGGCCAACCAGAAAGUACAGUUUCUAUUUUUAAAAAUAAACAUUAUCAUUGUAUUAGAAUUAGCUAUAAGAUGGGUACGGAGUAUGGUUACUUUCAUAUGUUCCGCAGUACAAACUUAAGAUUUUUUAACAACAUGGCUGUUGUAAUAAAAACUGUUGAAGAAAGCAUAGAAUCCUUAAAAGCAAUUUGUGAAGCUAUGUCAGUAGCUAUGCAAAUAGCUGGCUUACCAGAAAUACCCAUUGCGAUGAAUGUAACAUUGGAUAAACGAAAGAGCAAAUUAGUUAAUGUUAAAGGUUCUACAGGACUAUUAGAUAUUUCCUCUUUUCCUGAAUUGACCAGAAAUGUAUCUGAAACACAACUAUUAGCUCUCAAAAGUGCAGGUACAAAAGCACUGAGUAAUAUGUCGGAACAAUUCAGUAAACUUAAUAAAUUAGGCCAUAGCUUUAGCACAAAGAAACCAAUCGAUUUAGCCAAAAGUAUAAGAUCAAGAAAAUCAAUAACAUCUUUAAAACCAACUUUUACUGUUGGUAAUAGAGACAUUUCUGGAAAUGUUAACAAGAAACGUGGCGAUACUAGUAGCAGUAGCGAUGAAGAUGAAAAUAUUCAAAUGACUCGUAUUCGUACUGAACAAACAAAGAACUAUUCUCAUGACAAAAAAUUAAUGGAAGCUUAUAGUCCGUCAAUUGGAAUCAUAAUGGGCGUUAAAGAUACUGAUAUAGUAAAUGAUAGUGAUUCUGAUAAUUAUUUAGUUCAGGCAAAUAUAGAUGAGGAUAAUAUAUUAUCUUCUGAUAUUAAAAAAUCUGAUUUUUAUCUAAUGCCACAAAGUGAAUCUGGUAGUUCUUUUAGUGCUUCACCACAAAAAACUACAGCAACGACACCAGAAAUAACUAUUCAAAAUGUAGCGGAUAUUUUAACCGAAGAGAAAGACAGAUUAAUGCAUCCGACCUCAUUAAGCCUUUCAAAAAAUAUAAGUCAAUCAACAGGAAAAGUAGACAGCAAAGCACAUUCAAGUAACUUAAAGAAUAAUACUUUGUUAAUAAUUCAUAAGUUACAAGAUAAACAGAGAUCAACAUCUGAACAAGAUCUAACAUUAAAUAUUACUUCCUCGCAAAGCGAAUCGGCCCUGAAAUCGAUAAAAAGUAGCAUUACAGAUGUCACAAGUCCAGUUGCAGCUACUGCCAAAGAUAUCUUAUCACCUUUUUCGAAAUUUGCUAAAGGUGUACAAACACUUGGAGCUAAUUUAGACCCGAGGAAAUUAAAAUCAGGACAAGUAGGAUUAGCGAGAAAUUUAUCGGAUCAUCAUCUUGAAGAGCGUCAAAAACUUCAAGAAAAAUGGGGUUCUUGCAAAUCUACGCUGAUCGCUUUAUAAAUUGUUACAGCAUAACUGUGAGUACAUUACAUUCAGCAAUAUGAUAAUGAUGAUUGUGUAAAUAUAGUAAUUGGAAAAGAAAUCCAAAUGGAAUACCAAUUAAAAAAUUCUAUUAUUUUAUUUUACCAUCAUGUUGCUAAAGCAAUUAUUAAGAAAACAGUUUAAAAAGAAAAAAGUAUAUUUUUUACUUUUAUGAAAAAUUGCCCUACCAAAAUUAUGUGGUCAAUAUUUUAUACAUGACAAAAAUAUUUGAGUUUAUCAUAUUAUAGAAAUCGUUAUUACUUCUCCAAAAAAUAAUUAUGAGAUUUUUAUGUUUUAUUAGCUCGAGUUUUAUGCGAAAUUGAAUACUCAAAUGUGUAAUGCUUUUGGCAUAUUUAUACAGAAUUUAUACUCAAGAUAAAAAUUUACUGAUAUGAGAUUACUAUUAAUACUGUGUUCAAUCUUGCAACGUUUAAUUAGACUGUGAGACAAAAAUAUGUAUUAUCUGAAUAGGUACACAGUAGAAUUUUAAUUAUUCGGUGAUUAUUUUAGAAAUUAUUUUAAUACUUAGUGUCAGUAAUGAAAAUUUCAAGUAUCAUUAUAUUUAUAAUUAAUGAUAAAUUAUAUUUAACAAAAUUUUCCAUCGAGACAUUUAGUUACAUUGUCUUAUUGUUAGAUAAUAUUCUUAUUUGGACUAAAUACGAAUAGUCGAAAUUCUACUGUAUUUGAAAAGUGAGAUUUUUAAAUAAGAUUUUCUUUUUCUAAUUCAGCUUCUUGCUGCAUAAUGAAAUUUUUCCACAAAUUAAAGCACUGUUGCCUUUCUCGUUGAUAUUAAUAGUUGUAUUUAUUGGUAAAAUGUUUUAUUAAUAAACGUUUGUAAGUGCACAUUAGGGGAAAAAAGUUUUUUUAUACAGCAAGUUGGACAAAGAAGCUUUUUAGUCAAUUAUGUAAAUAUAGACAAAAAUGAUAUAAAUGUAGUAUAGUAAAAUUGCGAAAUAUUAAUACAAAAUAUGACACACAGUAGUAUUAAUUUUAAUGAUAUUAGUAAUAAUAAUAUUUAAUAUAUAUAAUUGAUGAAGCAGCGCAUAGCGUUAUAUGUGAGUUAUUUAAAUCACCGAAAUAUUUAUUAAUCAUUUUGAAUAUUGAUAUAUUCGUGACUAAUUAAAUAUUAUUUUGAAAAAAUUAUAUGAAUCUGUAUUAAGUUUUAUUUUCGGUAUAUUCGAAGUAACUCAAUUAUAAAGUACAGCAAUAUAAAGAUCUAAUUAAAUUGACAUAGGUAAAUAGUGUGAUUAAAUAUAAACACAAAUGAUUUAAAAAGAUGCAUAAAAGAUGCAUAUGCUUUUCAAUGUAAUUGAAAAUGAAUAUAUUUUCCUCCCAUAGAAACUAUAGUAUUGAUUUAGUAUUGCUGCUGUAUUGCAGACAACAUGACUUACAACAAAAAACUCGAUAAUCUAUAAAUACAUUAUAUAAUAAAGACAAGCAUUGAUCAUAGUAAAAUAGAGCAAAUACUACUUAUCGUUAGUAUUUUAUUUAAAGAGAAAAUUAUAUCGUUAUAAGUUUGUAAUCAUUAUAAUCAGUAUAAUUUAACGCGAUUAAUUAUGUUAUUUGUAAAUAUUAUAGAGGGAUUAUUAAAUAGUUCUUAUAAAUUGUUCACGAAAGAAAUAUUUAAAAAAUAUAUAUAAAUAUACGUUGCCCUUAUAAACCACACUUGUUUAAGUCACGAACAAUAGCCUGUGAUACAUUUUUGCAGAUUAAAUAUAGUUUGUAAAGAAAAUUGUAAAUCUUGUAGAUCACAUAGAGGAUUUUUUAGAAUAGAGUAUUGUGACAACUGUUUUUUAAAUACCUUAGCGUAUACAAAAAAAUUAUAAUUGUAUAAAUAAAAUACCAGAACCUUGAUCCAUUCCAAAUACAAUUUACCUUUAUUGGCUAAACUUACGAAUUGUAUCUCUUCGAUUAUCAAAUAUGGUAAUCCAAUCAGCUUUAUAUAUGUGGAUGCAAUGUAAAAUCCAGUUCAAAUUCAAUCGUAAUGUGUGUUAUAAAUAUAGUAGCCAAUAGAGGCUUUGCCUUAUAUAUAUAAAUAUAUAUUCAAGAAACAUGUUCUCGAAAGAUCACAACAAUAAAAAUAAAACACGUAUAUGCCAAAUAAUGCAAAGUGACACUUGUAGAUGAUGGAACAAUAAAAAGCAUCGUCAAUAUAUCCUA